AUUUGACUUAUUAUUAUGCAAAUUUUAUAUCGUAUCGGGUUUUUCCGUUUGAUGCGUUAGGAAAAUGUUCGCAACGAACGAUAUCGCUUCCAGUCGCGAUAAAAGCAGAAAUUUGCAAGGUUGUAAAAAAUAUAGCGACAAUGGAAAAUACGUAAUGGUAUGGUUAAAAUUAUAAAUACGUUUAUCGGCGUGUAAUGAGAACAGCGCAUGCACUGAAUACCUAUGGGCGCGAAAAUUAAAACAUCGAUUUUUAGCACGGUCGAUAAAACAGGCCGGUCAAAAUUUAACGGCCUGUUAAUUACCGUGUCGCCGAUUAAUUUUCACCUUUACGAAAAAAUUGCGUCGCGACAGAGGAAUGUAGCGGGUGAUUUUUAUUUUUCCUGUUGAGGAAAGAAACGAAGUUGGAAUCCAUGAACUGCAGCAUGUAAUAGGUGGCGAUAAUCGGAUCCAAUACGCAUAAACGAGCCGAAACGCGAGAUAAGCAUCGAACGUUAAGUGAUAGAAGAACAGCGUUGCGGUGAGCACACUCGGUUCACCGGCCGCAUUUAUUUAUAAACGUGUAAAAGUGCUCGCUCGCCGAUUUCUUUUUAUCCGCGCAUUCCUUUCAAGGCCCCUGCAGGGAACGGACGGACAGCAAUGGUCUGACCUGGCCGUCCCCCCAUGCACCGACCGCUUUCUACUUUGAACGGUUCAAUAUGGUGGCUCUUCGAAGCCUUUUCCUUACUUCACGCCUUGCCGCGAACUGAUACCGAUAGAGGUCGAUAGAAACGAUCCGCUGACCAGGAAGAUUCCGUCGAUCCCCCUCGAGCAACGCGACCGAAUUUACGAAAUUCCCCACCGCGUUUCGGCGCGAACGUGGCUCCCCCUUGAGUACCAAAUAUACAAUAAGUUUGACAAAAAUAAAGGAUUUAGCGUUGGAAUAUUUUGAUCGUUUCAUCGAGCGUGUAAAUGAUUUCGAAGCGUAACGUGUUCGAGAGUAAGCAGUGAUCCUCAAAGAGUUAAGUAUAUCUGUGUUUUGAAAUGACGCGUUUAAAUGGAUCUAAUUCCGGCCGAGGUCAAAGCUUCGUUUAAUUGCCAAACACUGCCGUAGUAUACUGUGAUGUAAGAUCAGGUGCAACGAUACGAAGUGACGUUGUUCGAAACGAUUAUCGCGAGAGAGUCGAGGAACGUCCAGGGAAAUUGGGAACCUGGCCGUUAUCGCGUGUUUUUCGAGACCACUCGAGAAUUUAUCUCUAUCGAAAUCCGCGAUAAUAGAAAUCCGAACUGCGCAGCUUGAAUUUUAACCGUUUGUCUCUAGGUCAGGUUUCUCGUUUUAAUUUUCCUCUAAUUUUUUCCUACCGACCGAUUGAACAUUCGAUUUAAUACCGACCAGAAUUAGAAAAUAAAUCGUAGGAUUUAACUAUCGUCGUAGAAUCCAGAUCUAGUUUUUCUUCUUUCUUUCUUUCUCUACGGUCUGGAUUCACUCGUGUCGCAUAAAUAAUGUGAUCGUAUCGACAGUUGCGUUGUUUCGAAUAACUGUACCGGAUAAAAAUGACAAGGGAGCGAAGAGCGAGAAGGUACACUGUACGCGAGCGAACGGGGAAGGCGCGCGCGCGCUCGUGUGUGUGUAUGCGCGUGCGUGCGCCAUGCAAGCAACUUACGGAAAAGAGAGGGGAGAGGACGACGUGCACGAGUCAGCGAUUCCAAAGCAGACUUUACAGACGCUAAGAUGAGAUUGGAGGAGGAUCUAGUGAUACGUAGGAGCCGACCCACGAUGAUUUCCGCCAAGUAUCGUGCUAGGGAAGAACGCCGUCGUCUGCUGAAGAUCUCGGCCGGCAAGCUGAGGAGGAUCGAGGAUCCCGAGGCCAGCCUUUGCAGAUCGGUUCUCAUAAACAACGCUGUUAGACGACUUCAGCGCGAAAAUCGGGACGAAAAGACGAGGAACUACGGUCUCCCGGUGGUCACGUAUCUGAAUGACUCCACCAAAGAGAAUAACGUCUCUGGCAACCUUAUCGUCGGCGUGACAGACGACGAAGCGUCCUCGAGAAAGAGAUUGAGCGAUGACACGAGGAACGACGGAAUCAGUCCCAAGCGACAAAGGCACGACGACCUCGACCUCCAGGACGACGUGUUCAGCGACUUCUACAUCCUGCCGCCCACGCCGCGUCUACUCUCUCACAUAGACGAGGUCCAGGAGCCGGAGUCGCCGCAUCACCAUCACUUGGUCUACCCGGAGGAUCGUCUGAGUUCCGUGGACGUACGAUCGGGAACGACGAUCGUGAACACGAGCACCGCGAACACGACGAACAGCAGCAGUACCACCACGUCCGCGAGCAGUUGUUGCAACUCGGUGAUGUUCCCCGGCGAGUUGGACGACACCGGCGCUCAGCUGACCAGCGUGACGAGAUCCAGCGACGUCGGUAUGAUGGAGACCUCCGACGUGGUCGACCCCGACAGGAUCUGCGACUUCAGGUUCGCGGACUCGGCGAAAAGCCUGGAGGAACGUUUGGUCGAGCUGCAGUCGUUGGACGAGCAUUUCGACCUAGCCAAAUUCGAGAGAAACAAUAACCAGAGCUGCGGUCGUGCCUUCCACGACAUCCAGACCUUCCACAGCCUAGUGCCCGGUCUGGAGACCUAGAAGGCAGCCUCGUGCCUCGAACACCACCCUCCUGUCGUCCUGUCCGGCCCGACGGAGAACCACGAGCACGACGAGGCGACCACGCGGGUAAAGGGUUUCGCGGCACGCGCGAGGAACCACGCCGAGGAUGAACCUGGACUCGGAGGGUGGUGACUGUCUCUCGAUCGUUAGACGUGUACGGUACCGAGGAUUCGAACGAGAAGCGCCCUCUGGGAUCGGCCAUAACCUCGAAACACUCCGGGGAUAUGGCGGCUGCGAAUCGAUCUUUCUAUCGCUAUUUUGGGGGGAUACGGGAUAGAAAAAUGAUGGGACUUUUUACACGGAUCCAGCGGGCACAGACUUCUCUAGAAUUCGACGAAAUGUUUUUUCGUCGUUCGCGUACAGGCACCGGAUACCAAAUGUUUGGUACCGAGCGUUGUACGUGCGAAUAUCGGUACCAGAAUAUCCUGAACUAUGCAUACGUAUAUGUAAUUUGUAUAUAUUCGAGUACGUUUGUAAGAGCACGUUAACGAUAACAUUAGAUGAAUUUUGUAGUAGAAAUUUCACGGUGAUGUACGAAAGCAAAUCGGGGGGUCUGUUGCGACAAAACAGGAUCGGGCAGCUCCACUGUCGAGUAAUUUUAGAAAACCAAUCAAAAAUCAUGUACCGUCGGCUAAUAGUUGCUUUGAGAAACUUUUACACCGAGUUUGAAACCUAUACACCUUUUAUUUUUCUAACGAAUACAAUUUAAAUACAAUUUAAGCUCGCAUUUUCCAUCGAGAUAGGAAAAAGGUAGAAAACAUUCGCUAAAAUGAUUUAAAAUAAGAGAAAAUUUUAUUCCGAUCAUUACGUACGAUCAAAUACGAGUUUAUGAAAUUAUCUUCACGAGAAUUCCGAUUUUAGUUGAUUUUAAAACCAGUUCUUUACUUGCAUGGUUUAACGAGUCUCUAUAUUUUGCAAUUUUUAGUGGCAAUCGACUCUUGUAAGCUGGCUGAAGAUUGGUCGUUGCAAUCGAUGGUUCCUUUUUAAUAUUUAACGAUUUUUUAUUGGUACUCGUAAAGUUGCAAUUCUCGUUGCAUCGAAUCGUGCCUUUCGGAACCAAACGAGUUUCAUAACCUAACAAUCUGUUUUCCGUAAUUAAAUAUUUCUAAAAAAACAGCCAUAUUUAUUGCUCGGAGCUAACCUCUGUUCAUAUCGAACGAAAGAUUACAUUUUUUGUUGAUAAAAUAUAAGACGCGUAGAAGAAAAAUGUCUAAUAAGUGGAGCUGCCUCUUUCUUGCAGUAAAUCCUUCGAUCGUUGAACGCAAAAUAAAGCGAAUGGAGAACGGAUAAACACUGAAUGCAACGUACGCCUGUAUAAAUGCCUUCAGAGUAGCGCCGUGAAUCGAUGUAAAUGUUGGUGGUGUGCGAUGAAAUCGAAUGGAUUCACUGUGCCGCGCGAUAAUGCCACGAUGGGCCUUAAUUGUUGUGCACGUUCUUCGAUUUCUGUUCGGUAAUGUUACGUUUCGCGUUCCUCCUUCGUUCCGCCAAUAGCGAGGAGUUGUUGUUCGUAUGGUUUCUCUUGUUAUUAUUUCAAGACGAGCGACAAAUUACUAAUCGAUGUAAAGUCUUGUGAAAAAUUGCCGUUGUACAAGUUUCCGUAUUAUAGUCGGAUAAUAAUCAAACACAAAUUGGUCGCUGAAAGCCACUUUAUUAACUUUCGAGUUAAAUGCAUCGAUAACAAACGCCUUUGAGAUUUUUUAACAAAGGCUCGAACUGAAAAUCGUAACCACCGAAGCGACUUCCGAGUUGCCAAUUACUUUCGAUCCGACUAUAAUUAACGAAUAGUUUCUGGCCGAUCGUGACACGACUUCCGUGAAUCAUAUCACGUUCGAGAACGCGAUUUUUCAGAGCGAAAUCGACUGACUAAACAAUUGUUUGCCAGUCGGUCGCUUCCGCUGCUUAGUAUUUCCGUUCACGAAAGUAUUCUCAGUUUUAUAUUUCGAAUCGUCGUAAAUGUUUUACCGUUUCGACCGUGCGUGGGGAUAUUUCGUUGACUUCUCGUUUCGCGGCGAACAACGUUCGCGGUGAAUUUUUUUUGUAAAAUCUUUUGUUACGAUAAAAACGCAAUUGUGCAUAUGAUUUGUAUUCGAAAAUGUUCUUGUAUAUAAUGUAUUGUUUAAAAAGAUACAUAUAGAUGAUGUUCGAGCGGUAAUAAGGUGUAUCUUUAGCAUGGAUUCAGCAGACACUGUACGGUGCAAUACUUUUGUCCUUUCAGUUUCCCUGUUGGGGACGCGUGGUAGAUGCGGGGAUUGACAACGUUCUGAAAAUAACUACUUCGAACUGUUAUCUAUUGGCUCAUAUCGGAAUGGUUACAAAGAAUGUUAUUAUAACUGUUAUUGAGAAAACGAUUCUAAUGUAAUAUUAUCGUUUCUACUUAAAAGCAACAAUGUUUUUCCUACCAAGAGAUUAAAUAGAUGCAAAAUAUUAUUCUAACGAUUAAGAAAGAAAAUUGUCCACGAGAGAAAAGGAGCUUCAACGUGCAAUUGGAAACUGAAGUUGAAUAACUGUAACUCAAACCAUAACCUAAAUCGACGUUACAUCAGAACUGUUCUUACAACAGUUACAACGCUAAUUUCAAUUCUUCGUAACCGUUUCGAGAACCGAAAUCGAUAUUGUAACAGUUUUCAAUCCCUUGGUAGAAGCCGUGAAUCAACGCCAAGCAUGAAUCAACGUUGUUAUACAGUUACGUGAAAAAUGCUCGACGUCGAAUUCGCGGACCACACGGUCACUUUGCGUUGAUCCGUUCGCAAGAGUGCCGCGCUAUCCUUUUCCCCUAACUUAUCUCCCCCCACCCCCCACCCCACCCGUUCACAAAAGUGCUAAAAAGGAAUUGGAUAUUCGACGACGUAUUUGUCUUUCGCGGGCGACGCGGCUCGCCGUGGCCCUACUUUUUCUACGUUUCAUUCAAACGGAACGGUUUUUUUUGUACGUUUUGCAGGAUCGAUACUCCCAACCCUCCGCCAAAUUCUUUUUUUUUACACAGGAUAAUAACGCGCGUUAAUCCUUUCGACGCCCGGGAGUGAUUCCGAACGACGGAACGAAGCGCCCUCUGUACGAUUCGUCGCGUGACUGUAGCGCCCGAAGGGUUAACGCGCAUCUAUGUGUUGCAUAAUCAUUGAUAAUCGAAUCAUCGUAAACGUUUAUACAAACUUGUAAACCGGUCGAAGGAAAUAAUAGAAACGAAAACAGUGAAACGAUUAUUCGUUGAUCAAAAGCGUGGAAAUGAUGCAAAGAAAUCCAAUCUUCCUUUCGAUCGCUUGAACCGCAUUUCGGGAGAAAGUCAAGACCGAUACAGUCGGGAACGAUUACGUUGUUCUCGUUGGAAUGUGUUGACUCGAUCUCGUUGGUUCAACGCGUCACACUGUAAAUAGCUGCCUUAGCACCCUUAAAGUAAUCAGCUAUGUAUAAAGUUUCGUACGUUGUUUAGGUUUUUAGUACAUAGUUAUCCGAGAUCAGUUACCAAUUAUACGAACAAAUUGCAAAUAAACUGCAAAAAUAUAAUCUUUGCGUUGGCUCGAUCCUCUCUUAUAUCUCCUCACGUUGCACGGGAUUACCUCAAUAACGAGACGAGGGAAAUACAAAUUUUUGGUACUUUUUUUUAUUGAGUGUUGCGAAUAUAUACAAAGGAUGGCGAACUAAUAAUAACUAUUACAUUAAAACCAAAUAAACAAAGGUUAUUAUAAUGGUAUUAACGUGUGUUAAUAUUUAUUUAAAUAACAUAAUAUUCGUAACGAUGUGUGCCGAAUUUCCAAAAAGGAGUUUGUCACUGCGUACGCCAAAAGCGUCUCUUUGUCAUUUGUUUAUAUUUUUUUCUUUUUUUUUAAUUGCCUUCACGCUGCAUCGACAUUGCUUCGUAAUGUUAAAUUCUCGAGGGAAGAAAAAGUUAUGUUCAAGAUCGAAGUCGAUAUUUAAAGAAAUAAGUAAAACCGAGUUUACCUUUUUUGUUUAAGAGAUCGUGAUCGUACAUUUCCAUGAAUCGCGAAUCGAGAGACGCGUACAUUUCCCGUUUUACGGCACACAACGGGUGUGAUGCAAGUAUUAAAAAGUGAAAAAUUUCUAUCGUUUUUACAGCUCGCGUCCGUUUCCGUCUAGCCUGUAAAUUUGUGCGUUUAAAGAGUCGCGACUCUCAGCAAUUGUUCAUCGUACAACGAGCAGAGGACUAGGAUGAUCGUAUGGUGCGAUUACUGGUCUCACGGAGAUACAAAAUCGGGUAAAAAAUGUGAACACGUGUGUUUCUUUCCCUUCGUCGAUGGCGAACACAAGUAGGCAUCCGACGAGAACACUCGUUAUUUUGUUGAAUUCGCGAUCAUGAAAACAUCCGAAACGAUUUAACGUUCUCCAGACGACGACGAUUAUUCUCGUUCGGUACGAUCGAAUCUCGAACGUUCGUCGGGUAUGGAUACUCGACCGAACGCAGUGAAUUUUGAUGGACUAUUAAAAACACAUCCUUGAAGAAAGGUUACAGAACGGGUUGCGACUCGUGCACAACAGAGACAUCCGUACGAGUAUCGAUCGAUUCCGCGAGUACGAAGUUUUCUGAAGUUAGUCGAGAAACAGCAGCGAUGUUGUUCGCGGAGUCUGUGCCUAACGCACCGCUCGAAAACCAAAGGAAACUCAUAACACUUCACGGUACCUAAAAUCUAACGCGCGAUAGUUUCUUUCGUUCCUCCCGUUAUUAUUGCUUCUUUGUUUUCAGUUCUCAUUGCUAACAGCGACCUCUCGGCUCUCGAUCCGCGUAAUAAAAUAUUUUUCCCUAAGUGAAACCGAUCGGUCGAUCAGCUGUUGGUCGCUUCUCGACCUGUUUACACGCUCGCCCAUCGUCGUCCAGCUUAAAAAAUAUUUCUUCGCAGCAGGCAACAUCGAAUGAUUUCUUUUUACUUCGUCCUUGAAUUUUCAAUCGAGGAACGAUAUUGUCAACGUCGUGAUAUCAAUAAGGCUCGCGCGCGGAAUUAUCCGUUUCAUAACCUAAUUUCGAUCGAGAUAGUAGUAACACAGACGAGCUAACAAAUCGUUUUUAGGUUAGGACACAUAGCGCGAUAAGAAUUUCAUACCAUUCGUCAAUGUGGGCGUUUUGUUCUUGAGAAAUUUUACUUUAAAGUUUUAUUAUAAAUACAGGCGAUGUGGAAAGUAUGUUUCCCAUAUUUUUAUGAUAUGUACCAUCCCGAUAGUUGUAUGGAAUUCUUCAAGAAGCUCUUCCUUAAAAAAAUAUUUAAGUAAUAUUGUAAUUACUGUGUUUACGCCUAACACUGCCUAUAUUUAUGAUAGAACUUUAAAGUGAAAUUUUGCUUUCUACUUGGAAAGUUAUUUUAUUCGAAUUGUAAUUUUAAGAAAUCAGCAGUUUAACCAUAAUACGAAACACCCGGUACAUUAGCUGAAUGAACGGCCUUUAAGGCAGGGGCAGAAUAUUAUCUGCAAAUUAAUCGAACGAUCCGUUGAUAUUUACAUAGAAAUGUCUGGGACAACGAUCGAAUUUAUUAAUCGCUCGUUCGAUCUCCAGGCCUCGAUUCUGUUUCUCGCGAGCCCCGCCAGAGGCAUAUGUAGUUACGACUACUGUCAGUAGAAACACCACUGUACGUUUCAGACAUACUUAUUCUUGGAGCCGCUAACGGUUCUCCGGCCAUUUGUGAUCGUAUGGAUUUACUACUAGCGUAUUCACACCACAUAGACAAAGUCGGGCAAACUUUACUCGUGAAUAACGAAUAAAAUUUUUAGAUUUAUUCGUAAAUUGGCGUCUUCGUUCGCCUGGAUAACGAUUCAAAAAAUCCAUUCGAUACUAUAUUUUCGAACAUUCUAACAACGAAUAUGAAAUGAAGAGCCGUUUGUCCGUUGCUCAAUUGGAAUUGAAAUAUUUAUUGAAAUAUCAGACUGAAGUAUGUCUCGACGAGCAAACGGAGACGUAAUUUAUUCGAUCGAAUAAAAUUUUGCCGAUUUCUGGCAACGGGAGGUUAGAACAGAGAUCAGAAUCGAACCCGUUAGUCACGACUAUUUUUAACCAUCGAGGAUUCGAAUAAGAAAAAAUUCGUCAGUACGCGUGUUCGUUCGGUCCAAAAGAAAUCAUUCGACGAUUCCUGCUCCCCAUUUGACUACAAUAAUUACACGUGUUUUUUUUUCUUUUGAUCACAAAAAUAGAAUUCUUAAAACUUAAACUCAGUUCACUCACUCUCUCUCUCUCUCUCUUCGUCUCGCGUGCGUUCCCCCACUCUUUGUCCUCUAUUUUCUCACUUCCUUCGUGCACGAAGAUCCAUUACGCACACACGCGAGCGACCAUUUGUCGAGUAGUAUGCAGCAGUUGGCGUUUCGCAAAACAUUUAUUACGUUCAAACGUUCGUUUAAUUUCGUUAGGUUAUAAUUUGAAAAAUUACGUCAACGUUUAAACGAUUCUCGCAGGGACUUGUACCGGUAUUAUAUCGAUCGUAUUGUCAUAACUCGUAUAGAAACCGAAAUAUUGAGAUGCUGUUUCGUGAAAAUUUUCAACAUUUGUUUUAAAUAGAGCCUCGCGUACUGAAAUCGAUAUAAUACCAAAAUCGCUAAGACCCUUUUCACAAAAGAACCGAGCAAAAUUGUAUACAAAUAACGGGUGACGAAUAAGAACACAGUACAGUGAUUUGAUCGCGAUGAAUCGUUAGACUCGACGAGAAAUAUAAUUUUAUUCUAUGAUUCGAAUUCUAAUUUUCGUUAAACGAGCAACGGGUAAAAAGUUUGUAUAUCGUAUUUUAUUUGUUGUUCGAUGUUUGUAUUUCGGUAAAAAUUUUUUGCACGUUUCCGUCGUCCAACGACCACUCGAUUCCCAUCGUUUCGAUAAAUAUCUUUACAAUUUUAACAAUUCAUUAGCCUUGUGAUCGAAGCGAUUGAGUUUCUAAACGAAAAAGAAAAAAAAAAAAUGAUUCGACGAGUCCAAUUUCUGGGGGGGGCGAAAAAUGUAUAUUUUAACGCAAAACUGUAAUCGAUACACAGAAUCUUACAAUAAUCGAAUACGCAUCGGUUAAAUGUUUAGUUGUUACGUUAAAGGGCAAAAAUAAAAGAGCAAAAAAAAAAAAAAUUGUGAACGGGG